AUAGUAUGAAUACGGGUGGGAAAAGUUUGAAGGACGGCUUGAUAGUGAAAUCCGGCGGUCAUUUGCGAUGGGUUUAUAACGUAGUUUUUGUGUUUGUAGUAAAAUCGCCGUUUAUGUAGGACAGGACGAUGAUUUGUACAAUUAUUUUUGAUUGGUAUGAUUGGAACAAGUGUGUAGUUUAGGUGUAGUAGGUGAUCCGGUUCAGCUCGCAGUAUGUUUGCCCGUAAAGCAUUAGACAGAUCAGUGAAAUGCGCGUUCAUGAGAUAUCGAGCGUGCAGAGAAGCUCCUGAGAUCAGAGCCAGGGUGGUGUUGGGCAUCGAGACGAGCUGUGAUGAGACAGGAGCUGCUGUGAUGGACGAGACUGGGGCGAUCCUCGGAGAGUCUUUACACUCCCAGAAAGAAGUGCACUUGAAAGCAGGAGGCAUCAUCCCGCCUGUGGCCCAGCGCCUCCAUCGAGAGAACAUUAGCAGAGUGGUGCAGGAGGCUCUGGACAGGAGCGGCGUGACGGCACGUGAACUCGACGCUGUGGCUACGACGGUCAAACCGGGUCUGGCGCUGAGCUUGGGUGUUGGCUUACACUUCAGCCUAGGUUUUGUGAGACAACACGAAAAGCCGUUCAUCCCCAUCCAUCACAUGGAGGCCCACGCUCUAACUGUCAGGAUGCUCCAGCACGUGGAGUUCCCCUUCCUGGUGCUGCUUGUGUCGGGAGGUCAUUCUCUCCUGGCGCUGGCGAGGGGCAUCGAUGAUUUCUUACUGUUAGGCCAAACACUAGACGAGGCUCCAGGAGACACUCUGGAUAAGGUAGCGAGACGUCUGUCUCUGCUGAAGCACCCGAAGUGUGACGGUCUCAGCGGUGGACAAGCCAUCGAGGUUUUAGCAAAGGAAGGAGAUCGUCUGCAGUUCCAGUUUAAACCGCCCAUGGGUCAGCACUACGACUGCAACUUCUCCUUCGCUGGUGUUCGCAACCAAGUGACCAUGGCUAUAAAGAAGAAAGAGAAGCAGGAGGGGGUUGAGCCAGGGCAGUUACUCUCCUGUGUGCAGGACAUCGCUGCAGCAGUGCAGCACACCGUCGCAUCACACAUCGCCAAGCGCACACACAGAGCCAUUUUAUUCUGCAGAGCUUGCGGCCUUUUACCACAAAACAACCCGACUCUGGUCGUAUCAGGAGGAGUAGCAAGCAACGAAUACAUCAGAGAGACUCUGAGGAUCGUCACUGAUGCUACAGGAAUGCAGUUGCUCUGUCCUCCGGCUAAAUUCUGCACAGAUAACGGAGUGAUGAUCGCAUGGAACGGUGUGGAGAGAUUAAAGGCAGGAAAAGGGGUAGUGUCACACACUCAGGAGGUCACCUAUGAGCCCAGAGCUCCUCUGGGCAGAGAUAUCUCUGCAGAGGUCAGAGACGCUACCAUCAAGGUUCCUGCUUUAAAACUGAAGAUUAAAAAUUAGAGUUGGAUUCAACAGAAUAAAAUAAUGUCAAAUUUAGAAUAGAAACUGUGGAU